UUUUUUUUCUACAUUACAGAAUUUAAUCGAAAAUGUUGACUUACAUUGGAAUUGACCUUGGAACAACAUCAGUUAAAGUAUGCAUUGUAAAAGAUGGGGCACAAAUAGCGACAAUCUCCAAGUCUACAAAUGCAGAUAUCAAGAGCAGUUUAGGCAGCUCAGGAUUUGAACAAGAUGCAGCAGCCAUACUUUCAACAACACAAUCAUGUCUGAAAGGACUUUCCCAAAAAACCCUGGCUUCAGUCCAAAAAAUCUGCAUCACUGGACAAAUGCAUGGAGUCAUGCUGUGGUCAUCAACCAAUACGAAUACAUUUUACAACAGAGAGAGGGACGAGUUUGAUAUAACAAACAUAAGCCCACUUUACACCUGGCAGGACCAACGGUGCACAGAAGAAUUUAUCUCAUCUCUACCAAAACCAGUAUCCCAUCUCUCUCUGUCCACUGGACAUGGAAAUGCUACCUUGUUUUGGUUGUCCAUGUUCCAGCCGGAGUUCCUGUUCAGAUAUGACAGGGCUGGAACUGUGAUGGAUUUCCUGGUCUCUGUGCUCUGUGGUCUGGAUUCUCCAAUCAUGUCUACUCAGCUUGGUGCUAGUUGGGGAUAUUUUGAUUGCAGUGCAGGGUGUUGGAAUAAAGAGGUUAUGGAGCAAAAGUCAUUUCCAGUCCAUCUUCUUCCACAAGUGGUUAAACCUGGGAGCAAAGCUGGAAACCUGCAAUUUGACUGGCUUGCAGUAAAGAAGGACACCCCCAUUUUAGUGGCACUUGGGGAUACACAGUGUGCUGUGUACUCGAUUCUAAGAAACCCGCAUGAAGCAGUUAUCAAUAUGGGGACAUCCUGUCAGCUGGCUUUCCCAGAAUUCCUUGCCACAGUCCCAUCAUCCCCUGACCCUUCCUCUCCGGUGCAGUAUUUUCCAUACUUUAACAAUCAAUACUUGGCAGUAGCUGCUAGUCUGAAUGGAGGAAAUGUGCUGGCUCAAUUCGUCAACAUGAUACAAAACUGGAUGGGUUAUCUUGGUUUAGUCAAGAGUGAUGAAGAGAUUUGGAAAAUUUUGCUAGAGUCACCAUCCAAGUCCAAACCAAAUAGCAUACAGAUUAUUCCCACCAUAUUUGGUGAAAGACAUGCUCCCUCACAGCGUGGAGAAAUCACUGGAAUAACUGCUGGCAACAUGGAUUUACACCAAGUGUUUCAGGCACUAUGCAGAGGACUGGUAGAAAACCUAACCAGAAUGAUGUCUCCUUCUUUCUUGAAGCAAAAAGGAAUUAAUAAAUUAUUAGGCACAGGAUCAGUGAUUCAUAAAAAUCCCAUCAUUCAAAGAGAGGUCAUGACCCAAUAUGGAGGUCUCAACAUUGAAUUAGGUGGGCAGAGUGAUUCUGCUUUUGGUGCAGCACUUUUUUGUGAAGCCUCAGACAAAAGAUGAUGGGAAAAUGAAAAAGAUUUAAUUCUUGAAUUUAUAUGAUAGUUUUCAAUGAAAAAUGAUCAGACAAUAUACAGAAGUAAAUCUUCUGUUUCCCAAUCUUAAUUAAUUUAUGAAACUUCUUUUAAUUUGCCACAUACUACUUGGUAGUAGUGGAGAUUUCCUGAAUUGUAUAGAUAAACAAAGAAUGUAUUACAACUAAUUUGCUAUGAAUAAAAUUCUUGCAAUACAUGUGCAUAAUGUGUACACAAUUUUAGAAAAAAAACACAACACAAAUUAGAAUAUUAUAUUCAAAAUUUUUAUUAAUCAAUAAUGAUAGUCUACAAGGUGUAACCUGAGUGUUUGUACAUAAUUAAUAAAUGGACUUGCAAAUAAACCAAAUACACAUUCAAUUUCAAAUAAAAAAUUGUUUAUGUCCAUUACCAAUGUCAUUUCAUUCGAAAUAAAAACUGAAUGAAUACCAUGUUCAAUGCAUAUAAACCUGAUGUAUAUAUAAUUACUAACCGUUGAAUUUAAUGCAAUAAUGGUUUUGACUUUUUCGAAAUGCAUGCAUUUGUUGCAAUAAUUAAAGUGUAAAUUGCAUCCAAUUAAUUACAUGUACUACAAUACUAAAAAUGAUUUUAAACUAAACAAUUUUAAUUAUAGAAUGAUUAACAAUAUUUUUCCAGUGCAAUUCUCUUUCAAAAGAACUAAAAAUGAAAAGGACAAACAUUGACCUCUCAUAAACUGUGAGAAAGAAAAUUUAAACCUGUCUAGGAUGUGGACUUGUCCUCAUCUUCGCUAGCCAAGGGUGACGAUCCACUCUGCUACUCUGAAAAGAGUAGCAGAGUGGAUCGUCACCCUUGGCUAGCGAAGAUGACUUGUCCGAUGACAUAGAAGUGGGUAAUUUACUAGUAUCAUUAAAUGUUCAUAUAUAAGAAAAAAAAGGGUAAAUAUCACAGAAUGAUCCAUAAGAUCAGUAUAUAUUAUUGAUGGUAACAAGAAUAACAAAAAUAACAACACAGUAUAUAUCAUUCCUGUGCAACUUCAAAGCUAACUACUUGGGAAUGUACCAUACAAAUAUAAAAGGCAAAAAAAUCCAAAGUCCAAAAUAGACCUGCAUAUCAGAAAAUGACAAAAAUCUACAAGGCAGGUAUAAAUAUAAAUGUAAAACUGGAAAGUCCCAUAAUCUCACUCAUAAUCACUUCAACAAAAAAUAUGAUGAGAAUAAAUAAAGAUACUGUAUACAGGGUUUUUUUCUGCCCCUCCACACUUGUAAUCAAUUUCUUCCCCGUCUUGAAUUUGCCCUAAAUAAGAGAUAUGAGAAAUUUUGAAUUCACCCACAUUUAAAUUGGCCUGCCGACGAGUGAAAAAGGGGGGGGGGGGGCUAAAAUAAACAUGGUCAAAUGGUCAAAUAUUAUCCUGUACACAGCAUUACAAAAGUUUUCAUGUAGAUGUACAAUCACAUUACUAAGUAUAACAGCAACAAUAAGUAACUAAAAGGAAUAAAAAAAAGUCGCUUUUACAAAAUAAUCAAAAAUGGCAAUUUAGGUGCAUCUUCGCUAAAAAAAACGGUAGUGGACUAGAAGCUUGUUUUUAAUCCUAUAACAUGAUAAAUAUAUAGAUAUAAAGGCACUUAAAUGCUACAGAUACAUGAAAUACAAAUUUUAAAUACAAUAUCGAUGUAAAAGUAAUUGUUCAAACAAGAAAAAUGCCAAUUACACAUUGUACUAGCUGCCCAAAUAUCAGACAAGAGGCCCAUGGGCCACAUCGCUCACCUGAGGAACAAUAGGUAUGAUAAAAUCAGAUUAAUGGAGUCAUAAUACAAACUAUCUGGACAAUGUACAAUAAUACAUGUAGAUCCUGUAUAAAUAAAAUCCAUUUUUCCCCUGGAUAUUCUUAUGUUUAUAAUCAUUAGUCCCUUUUCUAACAGGACGAUUUUAUAGUCAUAUCAUAUGUUGAGUAUUGCAGUUCUCAAAAAGAUCCUAAACAAUUGUUUAUAUAUGGGAUAUAACCGUACAUCAAACUCUGAACCAUCUUGUGAGGCCAAAGAAUUGUUCUGGGGCCAAAGUCUUAACAAUUAUAAAGAAUCAUCUGGCUGAUUAGUUUCUGAGAAGAAGAUUUUUAAAGAUUUACCAUAUAUAUUCCUUUGUUAAACUUUGACCCCCCAUUGUGGCCCCACCCUACCCCCGGGGAUCAUGAUUUUCACAACUUUGAAUUUACACUACCUUAGGACGCUUCCACACAAGUUUCAGCUUUCCUGGCUGAUUAGUUUCUGAGAAGAAGAUUUUUAAAGAUUUACUCUAUAUAUUCCUAUGUAUAACUUCAACCAACCAAUAAGGCCCCAGCCUACCCUCGGGGGUUAUGAUUUUCACAACUAUGAAUCUUCACUACCUGAGGAUGCUUCCACACAAGUUUCAGCUUUCCUGGUCUUAUGGUUCAUGAGAAGGAGAUUUUUAAAGAUUUACCAUAUAUAUUCCUAUGUUAAAUUUCGACCCCCCAUUGUGGCCCCACCCUACCCCCGGGGGUCAUGAUUUUCACAACAAUGAAUCUACACUACCUGAUGAUGCUUCCACACAAGUUUCAGCUUUCCUGGUCUUAUGGUUCAUGAGAAGAAGAUUUUUAAAGAUUUACUCUGUAUAUUCCUAUGUAAAACUUCGACCUUCCAUUGUGGCCCACCCUACCCCCGGGGGUCAUGAAUUUCACAAAUUAGAAUCUACACUACCUGAGGAUGCUUCCACACAAGUUUCAGCUUUCCUGGUUUUAUGGUUCAUGAGAAGAAGAUUUUUAAAGAUUUACUCUAUAUAUUCCUAUGUUAAAUUU